AUGGAAGAGUACCUGAAAAAAAUAUGGUACGAUCCUCGACAUCCUGGAUCGUUUGCCGGACCUUCCAAGUUGUAUCAAGUAGUAAAACAAGAAGGCAAGUUCAACGUGGGUAUGGGGAAAAUCAAAAAGUUUUUACAGAAUCAGGACGCGUAUUCCCUUCAAAAGAAGGUGCGCCGAAAAGGGUUUAAGAGGAGAAGAGUCGUCGUACAAGGCAUCGAUUACCAGUGGGAAGCUGACCUUGCCGACGUUCAGAAUCUGUCCGAGUACAAUGACGGUAUUAAUUUCCUCCUGGUAAUCGUCGACGUUUUUUCUCGCUACCUGUGGGUCCGUCCCCUAAAAGACAGAAAAGCUAAAUCCGUGAUGGAUGCAUUCAAGGACGUGUUUCAAGGUUCGAGAAGACCGAAAGCUUUAAGAACCGACAAAGGAUCGGAAUUUUACAACCGUCUUUUGCAACGAUAUCUGAAAGACCAAGGGAUUAAGAUUUUUUAUGCUUUGAAUGAGACCAAGGCUAACUUUGCAGAGAGAUAUAUUCAGACUUUGAAAAAACGCUUGUAUCGAUAUUUCACGCAUCUCCAGAAAUACAAGUACUCGGACAUCUUACAAGAUGUGGUCCAAUCUAUCAAUGACACUCCCAAUCGUUCGUUAAACGGUCGCACCCCGGCUUCCGUGACGAAAGCAAACGAAGAAGAGGUGAGGUUAGACGCCUACCUCGUUCGUCGUCGAAAAGCCACCCAGGUCCCUCAGGUGAAGAAAUCAAACAAGUCAAAGAAACGUUUGCCUUACACGUUUAAGAUAGGAGAUCAAGUGCGAAUCACACACCUACGACGUCCUUUUCAACGGGAUUACGACCAGACGUACACGGAAGAAAUUUUUGUGAUUCGAGAUCGAUGGGUGUCUCAAGGCAUCCCCAUCUAUAAAUUGAAGGACUUGACAGACGAUCCCAUCCAGGGAACCUUCUAUGCAAGUGAACUCCAAAAGGUCUUGAAAGACGAUGAUACCAUUUGGAGAAUCGACAAGAUUUUGCGUAAACGCAAGGUUCGCGGAAAAGAAGAAGUUUUAGUGAGAUGGUUGGGGUGGCCCAAAAAAUUUGACAGCUGGAUCCCGAAAGGCGAUAUAAAAGAGACGUGA